AUGGCCGAGCACCUGGAGCUGCUGGCAGAGAUGCCCACGGUGGGCAGGAUGAGCACACAGGAGCGGCUGAAGCACGCCCAGAAGCGACGUGCCCAGCAGGUGAAGAUGUGGGCCCAGGCCGAGAAGGAGGCCCAUGGCAGGAGGGGCCAGCGGACGCAGUCACAGGAGGCGGCUGGCGGCCGGCCACAGAAGCGGGUCCUCUUCCCCCCCAGCGUUGCCCUUCUGGAGGCGGCUGCCCGGAAUGACCUGGAGGAAGUCCGCCAGUUGCUCGAGAGUGGGGUCAGCCCUGACCUGGCCAAUGAGGACGGCCUGACCGCCUUGCAUCAGAGCUGCAUUGAUGACUUCCGGGAGAUGGUGCAGCAGCUCCUGGAGGCUGGGGCCAAGGUCAAUGCCCGUGACAGUGAGUGCUGGACACCCUUGCACGCCGCAGCCACCUGUGGCCACCUGCACCUGGUGGAGCUGCUCAUUGCUGGUGGUGCCGACCUCCUGGCAGUCAACACGGACGGGAACAUGCCCUAUGACCUGUGUGAGGACGAGCAGACACUGGACUGCCUGGAGACAGCCAUGGCCAGCCGUGGCAUCACCCAGGACAGCAUCGAGCGGGCCCGGGCCUUGCCCGAGCUGCAUAUGCUGGAGGACAUCCGGAGCCUGCUGCAGGAGGGGGCAGACCUCAAUGCCCCCAGGGACCAUGGCGCCACGCUGCUACACAUCGCCGCGGCCAGCGGGUUCGGCGAGGCGGCUGCCCUGCUGCUGGAACACGGGGCCAGCCUGAACACCAAGGACCGCGACGGCUGGGAGCCACUGCACGCAGCGGCCUACUGGGGCCAGGUGCACCUGGUGGAGCUGCUCGUGGCACACGGGGCUGACCUGAACGGCAAAUCCCUGAUGGACGAGACGCCUCUCGACGUGUGCGGGGACGAGGAGGUGCGGGCCAAGCUGCUGGAGCUGAAACACAAGCACGACGCGCUCCUGCGCGCCCAGGGCCGCCAGCGUUCUCUGCUGCGUCGACGCACCUCUAGCGCCGGCAGCCGGGGGAAGGUGGUGAGGCGGGUGAGCCUGACCCAGCGCACCAGCCUGUACCGCAAGGAGCACGCCCAGGAGGCCAUCGUAUGGCAACAGCCCCCGCCUACCAGCCCGGAGCCGUCCGAGGAGGAUGAGGACCGCCAGACAGACGCGGAGCUCCGGCGGCCGCCCCCAGAAGAGGAGGAGCCAGAGGCGGCCAAGCAGCACAACGGCCGAGUGGGGGCGCCCCCCGGGCGGCACCUGUACUCCAAGCGGCUGGACCGAAGUGUCUCCUACCAGCUGAGCCCCCUGGAGAGCACCACCCCUGACGCCCUGGCCCAGGCCAAGGCCCCCCACACCCUGGCAGAGCUGAAGCGUCAGCGGGCUGCCGCUAAGCUGCAGCGACCCCAGCCUGAGGGCCUCGAGGCCGCUGAGUCUGAACUGCCUGUGGACACUGAGACCCCCCCGCUGGAGUGUGGCUCUGGGGCUGGUGGAGACCCACCCCUGCUCAGACUCACAGCCCCCUCAGAAGAAGCCCGCGUGGAGAAGAGGCCGUGCUGCCUGCUCAUGUGA